AUUAUCUCGUGUUUUGACGACAAUCAGUCCUCUGAGAGGUCAUUACUUAUUUAACGUGUUAUAUUUUACUUUGCAUUGUGACAAAAUAGGUGUUUUUCUGGCUUCUGUUUAAAAGCGCAAGUCAGUAUGGAAGAUGUGACAAAAUCAGCUGGGGCUGAAAUAGCAAACGCGGAAUUACAAAAUCAUGAUGAACUGGAUUCUGAUUCGUCAUUUGAAUCAGCGUCAAGUGAUAUCGAAAUCGUGGUGGAUUCGUCAAAUAACACAGAGGACUUUACAAACGAUGUCGGUGGAAGUAAACCAAGAUUAUUAGAUAUCUUAGAAAAUGAAACUUCUGAUGAACUCGGUGCAGUUAAUAACGGGAAUAACUCGAAUAAGAUUGCAGUCGAAGAACUCUCUUUACAAGCUAUUGCCAUACGCGCCGGAAUACAAAAUGAUCUUGAUGUGGAUGAUUCAGAACGAGCUCUUCUUUUUUGCGAACCAUGUGGAAUUCAACACAAAACUGUCCCAGCAUCAACGUUUUGCCCAAGUUGUGAAAAUGAGAUGUUAUGUGAUAUAUGUUCAACAAUUCAUAGGUCGUUGCCUGUUACGAAAUCACACGAUCUUGAAGAUAUAUCCGAACAUCCAGCAAACAAAAAGAGUGGAGCUAUUCUUCCUUGCAGCUUAUGUCUCUUGCAAAACCUAGAAACUGAAGCAAACUUUGAAUGCCAGCAGUGUGCAGCCAAUUUAUGUGAUUCUUGCAUUAAUCAACAUCGGGCACAAAAGGCAACACGCUCACACAAAAUUAUGCCAAUUAAUGGAGCAAUCAAACAAGAGCCGAUUCAUGCCAUCAACCAAAAUCAAAAGUCCGCAAAACAAACCACACAUUUAGCUAAAGGCGCACUACAGUUGAAAACACCCGGACGUCCUACGGCUCUUGAGGUAACAUCAGACUCGAUAAUGCUUUCCUGGACAAAGCCUUCGUUUUACGAAGAAGGGGAUUAUUUUCAAAUAUGCUACAAGGACGUCAUGCAAGGAGCAAAUGGAAGGUGUAUACCGGAGAAUUCACAGAGUGCACACAGGUUCUUACCGAUGUUAGGUCAAAUACAGAGUUUGUGUUUCGGGUGAGAGUCGUUUGCAACGAUGGCGAGGGACCUUACAGCGAAGAAAGCGACGUAAUUAAAACGCAUGUUUCAACCGCUUCUAGUCUGGUUGGAUUCUCAGUUUGUCUUGAUGCGGAGGCUGUGUCACCGAUACGGUAUGCCUUACCAAUGUGUGAAGUAAAAGGAGCACGAAACGGAAAAGCAAAAACGAGAAAAUUUGAAGUUGGCUCACCGAAAGAUGCUAAUUGGCAGGAAAAAACAAUUUUGAUGAUAGGUGAAACAGGAACAGGGAAGAGUACCCUCGUGGAUGGGUUGGCAAACUUCAUAUUAGGGGUAACAUGGAAUGAUAAUUUCA